AAAAAAUGAAAAUUCAAAAACUACUAACUAAAUGGCAAAUGCAAUAGAAUUAUUAUAAAAUCGUUGAUGGUUAUGGAUUUUAGUUUGCAUUGAAUUAAUAAAUUUACUAUAAAAUUUUAUUUUAACAAAAAUAUGUAUAUAAACUAAUCGUCUACAGUCGAAUACCCGUGAUGUUUAAUAGUUCAGAAAAGACAGAAACUAGAAAGUCUCGAUACUCUGGUGGUCCUCAUGGAUUGGGAGAUCCUGAUGAUUACAGCCUACGAAAAAUUGAGCAAAAUGUAUUAAUUCCUAAAAUAGUACGCGAAAAAGCAAAGUAUGAAAAAUGUGCUGAACUAAAUAAAGCAUUUGGAGAUUGCUGUUUAGAUACUGGGAUUUUAGCAUUUUACAAAUGUAAACCUCAAGUGAAACAGUUAAACGCUUGUAUGGGACAAUGGUUCAACGAUGAAACAUUCAUUAAAGAAUGUCGUGAAAAUUACAUUGUUGAACGAAGAGAAUAUAGAUUGACCGGGAAGAAGAAAGAUGAACAGAAAAUGAAAAGUUAACUUUUGUUAGAAGUUAUAAUGUAGUAAUAAAAUUUGUACAUUUUGAUUGUUUAUCAAAAAAAAACAUUGAAGCUAAAAAAAAAAUAACCAAUAAAUUU